AUGACUUCCAGGAAAACAAGGAACCUACUAUUGGCGAUCUCCCUUCCCAGCAGAGUGAUCAAAUUCGAGAUCUGGGACACCGCUGGCCAAGAACGUUUUGCUUCUCUGGCACCCAUGUACUACCGUAACGCCCAGGCCGCCUUGGUAGUGUACGACCUGACAAAGCCCACCUCGCUCACUAAGGCGAAACAUUGGGUAGCCGAACUCCAACGGCAGGCCUCACCGGGAAUUGUCAUCGCCCUGGUAGGUAACAAACUCGAUCUGUGUGCAGAGGCUUCCGAAGGUGCCGAUUCUUCGGAUGGUGCCGUCUCAGAGACUGAAGAUGGAGGAGAAGCCGAAGCCGGUGAAGCCGAACCCACAGAUGAUGGAGACGCUCGGAAGAUUUCCACCCGCGAAGCCAAGUCAUAUGCCGAAGAGGAGAGCCUCUUGUUCUUCGAGACCAGUGCAAAGACCGGUACGAACGUCGCAGAUGUGUUCAGCGCAAUCGCGAAUGCAAUUCCCGAGACCAGCCUCAAGGGUGCACGAGGUGCGAGCGGAGGAGGUACCCAGGCUGCCCUGUCUGGCGCAGCCAAUCGAGCAGAGGAGGCCCGAGUCAACCUGGGAGAACGAACGAAACAAAAGUCUGACAAUUGUGCUUGUUAG